UAUUACGCGGGCUAUGACAGUGAUCAACUUUCCUGGAAAAGGAGGGUCUUGCGACCCCCACUCUUAUUUACUGCGUAGUUUGAACGGUAAGAAGCUCACUCCAUAUUUUUCUGGGCUCGCUUUAACGACACCCCUGCUUGUAAUAUGGCCAGCUCAUCAAACAGUGGGUUUGUGGUGCUCACCCACGUGUACCCUCAGCAAAGUGGAGCUGCUGCUCCAGCUGUCUGCACUACCCAACAUGUUACUUCUGUGAUGGGAAAGUUUCUGAAAGGAGAUCCUAAGGCACUGGGGACAGUGCAGAUAAUGAUCGGGGUAAUGGAGAUAUUAUUUGGCAUCGUACUGGCCAUCAAUGCUGACAGCUUUGCUGUUUACUCCGGGAUUGUUUUCUGGGGAGCACUUAUGUUCAUUUCCUCAGGAGCUCUGAGUGUUGCAGCUAGCAACAAACCCAACAAUUGCCUGGUGAGAGCAGCACUUGUAAUGAACAUCCUCAGCACCAUCGCUGCCGCCAUUGCUAUAAUCCUUCUCUCUCUGGACUAUGCUUUUGUACUGAGAUACUAUGGCUGCUAUGAUUAUGAAUACAGAUACGGCUAUUGUGAAGAAUAUCGAAGAUGGCUUAAGAACAUGUCAAAUGGGACUCGUGGAGUGCUGAUGGUGUUCUCGGUCCUGGAGUUCAUCAUCUCCAUCUGUGUGUCAGCAUUUGCCUGCAGAGCAGUGUGCCACAGCUCCUCACCGCAAGUGAUAUAUAUGGCACCCGCAAGCGGUCAAGUGACAUCAGAAAAUCCUCUCCUGUCAACACCAUGUGCCUAUGAGACGGCAGUUUUGGGCCAAGGUGUGAUGGACAGCGUGAAAACUGAGCAGCCUCCUAAAUAUGAAGAAGUUCAACCUUGAAUGAGAUCAGUGUUCAUAUUGUUCAUAUAUAUUUCUCUUUUAAUCCGACACAAUUUAAUACAAAUGAUUCAAUACAAAUCUUCAGAUUUUCCAUAUAUAUGACAGAAAUCAAUGAUUUACUUUGUAUUUAGCACCUUUCAUAACAUUACAAUGUUAUGUUCAUAAGAGUACAAUGUACAAUGUUGACUCUUCAAGGGUUCUGAAUUUCUGUAUGUUUACACUAGAACUCGGAACUGUACUAUCCUCUCAGGUCUACUUUUGCACUUGUUCUUGUGUUUGAUUUGCGCUUUGUUGUACGUCAGUCUGGAUAAGAGCGUCUGCUAAAUGCCACGUAAUGUAAUGUAAUGUAAUUAUACAUUUUUUAUCAGCAACAUAUAUUUUACAAAAUAUCUUGUUAUUCAUAUAAUUAUAUAAAGUAGGGCCUCCUGCUUUUUGGUUGCCUUUGGUCUGUAGCCAUUGGAUAAAAAUCACACAAUGUGUACCGAAGUUUAAAUGACUACAAUUUAUCUUGGAAUUAAAUGUUUCAUAUAAUGAAUUUUCAAAA